AUGGCCAACCCCUCACAAUCUGACUCAGACGAGCGUCAUCAUGAACUUGAAGGCUAUCACAAACCGCCGUAUUCUCCAAAUUUGCCACGAAGGUCACUGAUUAAUCAAGGGACUUUCGAAGAAAUGAAUGGAGACCCUAGCCAGAGUAGGAAUCCAAAAUGGGCUGGCGGAGAAAAGGAAAUGGUUGUGUUUCGCAGCCAGCAUAGGAGGCCCACGGGAACAUCCGCUGGCCUUGAGGGACAGAUAAUUACGUCACCAUUCCCUACCCUACGUCUUCUUAUAUCCCGACAUUGCACCGUCGAAGAACGCAAUGAAAAUACAUUGUUCUCCAUCGAGUCACCUAACAAGCUAAGUUUUUCGACAGAAAUCAAUAGUCCGGGAGGAGCCAGUAAAUCUGUGGCUACUGGCGAAUCUCAAGUUGAAUUGCUCUUUACCCGGAUAAUUUCAGAGGGGGGACGGGUGGAAGACCCGUGGAAAACACUUAAAAAAAUACAUCAAAGGGAUGAGGAGAAGACAAAAAGAAAUGCUGCUCAAGCUUUGCUGCGUUUACACUCUUCACAAGAAAAGGGCCAUUAUAAUGACACAAAUUUGGAUAUCGAAGCAAGGCUAAACAAUGAAGAAAGGGUGAAGGGCAGGAUGAGACACAAUAAAAGGCUUGAGUUAAACUACGCACCUUUGAAGACCUCGAAGAAAGUUAAGGGGAUAGAACUCAAAGCUACCAACGAGAGUGGAAGGCCGUAG